AUGAUGCGUCGCAACUCAGAUAUCGAAAUUCAACUCCCCGAUUCAGGGCCAACCCCUAUUUCCCCAGGCUCUUUAAACGAACCUGACGUGGAAAUGUUAUCCGAGGACCCGGCCCUUCCCCUGACCCUACCACCACAUAUCGCUGCACGGUUCUACCGCCGAAGCAGCAAGGCCCGGCGCUCCUCUGCUGCCUCGUCACGACGAAGCUCUGUUUCAUCCCUACAUUCACACCACUCGAACACCUCCUCCAAUGGCACACCAAGCGCAGACCAUAUUGCUCAACACCUCCGGCGCACAUCUAUCCUCGAAACCCGUAAGGCGCGGCUGGCUGACCGUGCGCUCCACGCGGAAAAGGUCAGGUUGCGCGCUGCUCUAUCGAAAGCGGCGACGAGAAAUUUGCAGAUCGAGGAACGAGCGCUAGCCGCUCAACAAGCUCGGGAACGUUUGCUAGCUGGUAUAACGGCCAAGUGCGAAGAACAAGUGAAGCGGGCCAAGAAGAAGGCGGAGGACCAACGGGAAAAGAAGGCUGCUGAAUACGCACGUCAAAAGUUGGAAAUGGCAGAGAAGUUUGCAGAGGCUGAAAAGCGGCGAGCUCUUUACCAACAAACUCAUCGGCGCCAGCGUACCAGCAGUCUCCCCGUUGCAGAGGAGAAGAAAAUGUCUCGAGCGGUCACUAGGUCACUCACUCAAGACGUAGCUGCCCGAAAGAUUCAACGAGUAUGGAGAACUCACCAUGCAAAGAAAGUAAUGGGGGAAUUCAGGACUCUUAAUCUAUCAGCCGACAGAAUUCGGGAGAUGCCGUUCGAAGAAGUCGGGCGUUUCGUCUCAAAGGGCACCGUACUCGACACCAUGGUCAAAGUCCUUCGACUUUGCGGGUUGAACGAUAUGGAAGGAGGCGCUAUGGGAGAACGCGGCGCUGUGCGUACGUUCCUCAGCAGCUAUCUCAUUGUGACCCAUCCUACUGAGGUUUUGAGCGGAGAUGGUGAACAAGAGCAAGAUCUGAUUUCUAAGGCCAAGGAACUCCUUGUAGCCUUUGAUCAAGUUGCUGCCUUACUGUCGUCCGGAUGCUGCUCGCCCACUGUGAUAACUGCAGAUCUCCAAGCCUUAUGCGAAGCCCACAAUGUAUUCUUCUCGGCAUUCCAUGCAUGGAAAUCUCAUGAUUCGACUGUUUUGAUCGAGAUCAUGCUUGCCCAGUUUGUCGAAUUGGAAAUGAUAUGGCAGACAGUCAAGGGCGAUACGGCUGGUGGAGUAGCAGAGGACUAUCGAGAAGGCAUUCGGCAGAAUCAGAUCCUUUUGUUGGCCCGUCUCAAGCGUCUUGCAGGUUCCGAUCGUGCUAUGCAGAUGGUACGAGAUGCACUCAAGAAAGCAAAACGUGAGAGAAAACAAUCUGCUACUAGGCAAGCCAUUCCUCGCUCAGCUGAGGCAGUUCCCCCAUCGACGGACGUCUUAACAGAGAGUAUGACAUCUCCUAUAAGCGAGUCGUUUAAUAAUGUCGAUGCCGCAGUUCUUCAAGAGUUGGAAAAGCAACGAUUCUCUCCACAUGAACAAUUUACCAAAAUUUUAACGGCACUCCCCGAGAACCGAGUGCUGGUGCAUGAGCUUCUACUCAACAAAGAAUUUAAGAUCGAAGAAUCUUCAUACGCUGAUCCUAGAAGGCAGGUUAUGGAGCACAUGUGUCAGCAGAUGAGACGAGAUGUUGAAGCUGGCCAGGGAACUGCAUGGACAGUCUCCAUGGCUACCGUGAUUCAAGAUCGUCUCCUACGCUCCCUUCGGCCGGGGAAUUCUCUAUAUGUGCUUAUCAGCGAAGUUCUCGAUCCUAAACUAGUGGAAAGCCAGUGUAAAGCUGGAUCUUUCUCGUAUGACAACUUUUUUGAUUUCAUGAACAACAUGUUACCCCGUCUUUGUGCACCAUACCGUGACCCUGCGGUCAAGGCGUUUGCCGAAGAUACUUCUGGAGAUGCCAUUGACCGACUAGCAAGGCUUAUGAGCAUCAUUGACCUACUUUCCCUCGACCAUACAAAUUUCAUGAUUCAGAUGGCGGCUCCUCAAUUGAUCCAAGAGGCUCCGGGGUAUGAAAAGCGUGCAUUCGAGCGAGGGGUUGCCGACAACUCAAUUACAUUGGGCAAAACUCGACGAUUCUGGCGCACUAACAAAAAUGUUAUUGUGAACGAGAUGAAGAAACGAGACCCAGAGGGUAUUCAUGGAGAACCACGUCCACAUACCACGCGAGUAUAUGCCCACGGCCUUGCAGACCUAGUGUUCAGCAACGCUACUGUUUCAGAAGACCUGAUACCUGAAACAUUAGCUCUAGAUCAUCAGCGACUGGAGCGUCUUCACGCUAGAACCUUCCAGAUCGUAGCCACGGCAUCGAUUUUGUUGACCGCUAAGAACCUGCUCAAGCGUGACGCACGGUCUCAGUGGAAGCCGGAGGCAGAUCGUAUUCUCUCCCUCGACUUUAAUGAAAUCCGUGCAGACAGAGUGCAGUCUAUCCUUGAGGCAACUCAUCCCAUGCCCUCUGCCGCAAGUGCUCAGCUUGCUGCCGCAAUCAAACGAGUGCUGGCACCCGUGGCAACCGCAAGUACAGCGGCCGCACCAUCCACUGCUCUUCACGUCCGAUCUGAAAGCUCUUCCGAGAUGUCCACUUCCUCUAGAGACUCGACCUCAGACUCGACUGGCAGUGCAUCUCCUGCACCUAGUUUCUCGGACCCAGUCGCGCGAUUGAUCCUUUCACGACUUCGAAGUCAUGUUCUCUCUCGCCUGAGUGCUUCUAGUGCUUCGGAGAGGGUGCGUACAACGACAACGGCUAGUCAGAGCUUGGCUGCGGCGGGUAUGCCCGAGUUUGUAAGCGAGGUCUGCCAGCUGGUGGAGGAGUUGGAGAAAGUGCGUGAAGUAGAUUGGCUUUGCCAUGGGGAAGUUUAUGAGCGAUUAUAUGAAGAAAGCGCCCCUGCACAGUGA